AAAAGGGCAACAAAAAAAAUCUAAAUUUGCAGCUAGUGGACGAAAAUAACAGAAGAUAUUUUCGAUUUAUACAUUGAUUAGGUGUUAAUUUCCAUCCAGAAUUAGUUUUACUGUUAAAUUAUGGAUUCGGUUACAGCGCUAGAUGGAUAUUUACGUAAAGCUGUUAAUCCCAAAAAUGCCGAUCUCGACAUUUCUGCCAUCGAUCAGUUUUGCCUCACCCUGAAGAAGGAUCCGUCGUUGAUGACGGUGGCACCUUCGUUAUUGGCUGGUCGAAUCCAAUCCGGAAACACCAAGGAGGCAACGCUGGCCCUGGAUGCGCUUGAAGAAUGUAUGGAGACGUGCGGGAGAGAAUUUCGGUCGGAGAUAAACAAGUUUCGAUUCCUGAAUGAACUGAUCAAGCUAGUGUCGAAAAAGUUCGAUGGAGAUAAAACACCGAAAGAGGUUUCCGAAAGGAUUCUGAAUAUCCUACUGACUUGGACCAACAAGUACGAAAAUUGUGGCAAAAUCCAGGAAGCCUACAACCUGCUGAAAACACAAGGAAUUGAGCAUCACCCUCAGCAAAAUGUAGUGGUGAAAAGCACUCCCAAAAAUGAAAACCGUGGCAGCUUGGACGAGAAGGAAUUUGCCAAACUUCGACAACUUAUUCAUAGCAGCAAGCAAGAAGAUCGCGACAAGGCUAAUCUGUUGAUACAGAACUUUUAUCGUGAUGACGAACGUCGAACGCAGAUGAAGAAUAGGCGAUUUGCGGAACUUGAAAAGGUAGCUGAAAAUACCAAACUAUUAGAUGAGAUGCUUUCCCAGUACAGGCCUGGAGAAACUUCUGAGGACGAGCUGGCAAUUAUCCGGGAAAUAUUCGAAUCUUGCGAAGGUAUGCAUCCAACUAUCAUUCGCCUUGCCGAAGAAACGCAGCAGAGCGAAGGAAUGCUAGAGAAAAUCUUUGAGGUGAACGAUAACCUAACGCAAGUGUUGGACAAAUAUCGGCAGCUGAUUCUGAAGGCACCUCCAACGGAGCAAAUAAUUACAAGCUCAUCAACAACUUCAUCGGUAUCCUUUUCGAAAGUAGCAAGCCCGUACUCGUACUCGUCCAACAUCAACGUACCUGAUCCACUUGAUAGCUUGUUCGAUAUUUCCACCAUUCCAUCAAGUAGCGAACCAACCCGAAACCCUCUGGAUGAUCUCAGCGAAAUAUUUUCGUCAUCCAUCAGUUCUGAUUGCGCGAAUGCGAUUCCGGAUUCUACUACCUCGUCAGCUUCUAUCGGUAAUACCGAUACAAUUCUGACUCCGCUAGUGGUGAGCUAUGGUUCGAGUGUACAGGCAAGUAUCCUGGCGCCCACUUCCACUAACGGACUGAACAAAUAUAGCGACAUUCAAGAUUUGCUACAAAACAACAUAAAUGGACACGUGACUAAUAACUUGAAAAAUGUCGCUGCAAACGGUGAUGCAAGCAAGAAGCCUUCUAGUACCAGUACGAACAGCACUAAACUAGAUUCUUUAAGCACGGGCAAAACUAUACCAGAUCUAGAUUUCUUGGUCAGUGGAAUGAAGUCGACGCUUCUUUCUCAGUCUAGCUCGAAAAUGGUCUCCGAAGAAGAAGCUUCAGCUCCCAAUGAAGGCGUUUCCAGCGACGAUGACGAUAAAGUACUUAAUCCAAUCACUCCUACAGUGGAAGUUAACAUCGCAUUUCUUUCGGCGUCGACGGAACCAUUGUCAUCAGAGGAACCUAAAGCCAAACAUGAAUUCAAAUCGCUAGCCGAAAUCGUUAUCGACCUCGAUAAUAUUCAACCCAGUCGAGAACCAUCACGCACUGUUCUAAACGACAAGGAUGGCCUUCAGAUAACGCUCAAUUUUGCUAGCGAUCAUCCGCGGCCGGAUGUGACAGUGAUUGUCAUUUCAACCAUCAAUCAAGGCCGCAUAGAAAUUCCCAGUUUCCACUUCGAUGCAAGUGUUCGCAAACCGUGCAAACUGCGACUACUGCCAGCCUCGGGUGUCAGUCUUUCCGGUACGAAGCCGUUCCGACCACCGGCUGAUGGCAUAACACAGGUCCUUUUGCUGGCAAACCCGUCCGAAGAACCCGUCGAUUUGACUUGUAUUCUCACUUACUGCGUAGGAGAUGAUCCGGAUCCGAUCAAGGAAUCUAUUAUGGUGAAGGAUGUUCCAUUUAUUAGGGAAUAAGUAGCAAUCGAAUACUGUACCUACUGCAUGUGAGAUCAACAUUGUAUGAAUGGUUUACAAUAUGGAAUAACGACGACAGCAUGGAAGAAUUGAACUGGCAGUCUGUGAUUUACGGGGCAUAAUAAUUCUAUCUUUCCAUUUAGCUUUUCUUCGAUUGCUGGUUUCCGUCAAAAUGAUGGCGCUUUAUACUCCUUCUUGGAGUUUCAUUUUAGGCAGCCUAAAUAUUCACUUUCUAACGAAGGAAGAAUUUGAGUUGUCGAGUGGUGGAGAUGAGAUCACAUUGGGAAAAUAUUUCAAUUUGAACGGCGCUAAGCCACUCGCUUAUUUUAUUUAGUAUUAAGAAAAUAAAUCACAAUAAUCUUAUCUAGAGUUUUGCAUGAAUGCGAAUGAGAAACAAUUAUAUUGCAAAAUAGCAAGUUAA